AUGUUAAAGGCAGCAGAUGAUGCUCCACUCUCAAUAGAAGCACGCCUAUUCGGUGGCGUGUACGUCCAAACAGCAACUGUUAUAGUGGAAGGGCCAAACGGUUGGCACAAAGCUAUAGCGUACAUUGAUCAAGGAUCGAAUGCAGUGGGUCAUCUACACCCAGAAAAGGAACGAAGUGUAAGAAAGUUACGACUACGCGGGAUAAUUCCGGAUGCCGAAUCAAUUGAUUUAGAGGCGAAUGAGCAACCCGAAAUAGGAAAGGUUGCUGGAUCGACAAAGACCGAAUUCAUCAGUGAACUCUGGAACCAAGGUUACAAGUUGGCUGAUGAUAGAAUUUUGAGCGGGACAGCAGGACCUUGCCAAAUAGACAUUUUGAUUGGAGCCAAUCAAGUCUGGAAGGUACUAGGCUCAAAACAGAUCGUUUCGAAGACUGGAAUUAGAGCCAUCGAAAGCAAAUUGGGUUGGUUACUACUUGGGCAGGAUGAGACAGUUGCGAUUUCAACCACUACGGCGAUCGGCUUCCUCCUAAAGGCAAAAGAAGGAACACCACAAUACCCAAUGCAAGGCCCGAAUUCGAACAGAAACGAUGAAAUUGAAUUUGGGAAGUGGUGGAAAUUAGAAAGUCUAGAUCCACUAGAAAAUGUGCCACUUUCGGAUCGCUGGAAAUCUUAUACAGACUCCAUCAAACAAGACGAAGAUGGACAUUAUGUCGCACCGCUCCCAUGGAAUGAAAACAAACAAAGAGUGAGCAAGAAUGACGCCAUGGCAGAAGGUCAGGCAAGAGCGCUGAUGAAAAGGAUGGAGAAGGAUAACGAGAUGAAGACUUCAUACGAAGCUGAGUUCAGAAAACUGAAAGAACUUAGAUUCAUCUCUAAAGCAGACACCAAUUUUAAGGGUAUCUACACGAUUCUACCCCAUCACCCAGUUGUCCGUAAAGACAAAAUCACCAGCAAAGUGAGACCUGUUUUCAAUGGUUCUGCGAAGCCGAAAACAGGAUUCAGCGCCAACGACUGUCUCGAAGAAGGACCCAAUCUGAAUCCUGACAUUCUUGAUGUUAUCCUGACGUUUAGGCUAAAUCCAAUUGCCUGGACAGCUGAUAUCCGACAAGCAUUUUUAAUGGUAAAAUUGCUAAACGAGGACGCGGAAGCGUUAAGGUUCCUUUUAGAAGACGAAAACGUCCCAGGAACGCUGCAGACCUACAAAUGGAAUAGACUACCAUUUGGGCUAACAUGUAGCCUGGCAGUGCUCAGGACCGUCCUAAAGAAACACCUCGAGUCAUACAAAGGCGAACUAGCAGUAAGCAGUCGCCAAAUGUUACGGCAUCUAUAUGUAGACGACUACUUGUCAAAUGCGCCUACAUUAGAAGCAGCAAAGACCCUGCGAGAGUAUCUACAAAAGAGCAAUUUGACAGACGACUCAUCUGAUUCGUACUCGUGUCUUAAUUUAGACCCACAAAAGGUACUAGGAGUGAGGUGGAAUACCAGCACAGAUUGCUUCUAUUUCAAGUCUGACGUAAUCGUAGAUGCAGCCGCAAAAGUAAAAGUGCUAACAAAAAGAUCGUUUGCUAAAAUCUCGACCAAGCUUUUCGACCCCCUUGGAUUCAUUGGACCCAUAACACUACAGUUCAAGCUACUCUUCCAGGAAUUGUGGCAAGAAAAAAUCGGAUGGGAUGACAAUGUGAAUUCACAAACGGAGAGUCGAUUCAGAGCUAUAGUGGAAGAUUUGAAAGGUAUAGACAGAAUCCAAAUACCUCGCAUGAUCUCAACAGCACCGACAGAUGUAAUUCAAGAAUUACAUGUAUUCUGCGACGCUUCAACAAAAGCGUACGGAGCUGUAGCAUACGCCAAGUCAAGAAAUCCUGAAUUCAUCCGACUUGUUUGCUGUAAGACUAGGGCAGCACCACUCCCGAAAACUCGACUCGAACUCGGCAGUGUCUUAGCUGAACGAAUCGUAAACGCAAUUGACAAAGUGAAGUGGGAAGUGACACUAUGGACUGACUCUAUGGCAGCGUUAGGUUGGAUCAAAGGAGAUCCAGGGCGAUGGAAACUAUUCGUACGGAAUAAAGUAGAGACAAUUCAAAAGAGAUUCAAACCAGAACACUGGAAACACUGUCCUGGAAAAGACAACCCAGCGGAUUUCGCAUCUCGAAGUUAG